AUGCCCCUCGAUAUAGAAGAGAUCCUUCGAAAAAAGAAGGCGGCUGAUGCUGCUGCGGCCAAGCCCAGAUUCAUCCCCAAGGCGGAACGCGAACGACUAGCAGCCGAGAAGGCGAAGCAAGAGGAAGAAGAGAAGAAGCGCAAGGCCGCCGACGAUUCACAAAAGCGACUACAGGAAGAGAGAAAAUGGGAAUCCCGCGCAAAUGGCCUGCCAGCCUCCAACGGCGCCCCCAACGGCAUCGCGCCUCCCACAGGCCCGAGGGCGAUGAACCAACCAGCUGGAGGCAGUGGUAGCGGCAGAGGCCGAGAUGGACGAGAUGGGCGAGAUGGGCGAGAAGGAAAGAAGAAUUCAAAGACCGAAGGCGUCAAGCGCUCGGCGGCGGAGAUUGAGGACUCGCUGCUGCGGUCGCGCUACCUUGGCCCCGAGGUCAACCAGCAGUCGACUUUUUCGGCCAAGAAGAAGCGAAUGCGGACGACGGAGAAGAAGUUCAACUUUGAGUGGGAUGCAGACGAAGACACAUCGAGAGACAACGACCCGCUGUACAUGAGCCAGAGCGUCAACAGAGGCGGCUCCCUGGCGGGCGUGGGCGGCGAGUUCGACAAAGAGGCCGAGCAGCGAGCGCGCAAGCGAGCAAAGAUGAUUGAGCAGCGCGAUCUGGAACACGGCAAGGAGCGAGCAAUAGGAAUCAUGGAAGACUUUUACAGGGCGCGCGACAGGGCGAAGGAGAGGGCUGAGAGGACGGGCCUGGGGCGGCACUGGUCGGACAAGGACCUCAACGAGAUGCGCGAGCGAGACUGGCGCAUCUUCAAGGAGGACUUUGGCAUCUCGACUAAGGGCGGCGCGAUUCCCAACCCUAUGCGCAACUGGCAAGAAUCCGGGCUGCCGCGACGGCUGCUUGACAUCGUGGACAAUGUUGGCUACAAGGAACCCUCUGCUAUUCAGCGAGCAGCCAUCCCCAUUGCCUUGCAAGCCCGCGAUCUUAUUGGUGUUGCCGUCACAGGUUCCGGUAAAACUGCCGCUUUCCUACUGCCCCUUUUGGUGUACAUUUCGGACCUGCCGCCCCUCACAGAGGCCAACAAGAACGACGGCCCGUACGCGCUCAUCAUCGCGCCGACCCGUGAACUGGUGCAGCAGAUUGAGACCGAGGCGAGAAAGUUCGCCGAGCCGCUCGGCUUCAGGUGUGUUAGCAUCGUUGGUGGACAUUCGCUGGAGGAGCAGGCCUUUGCCCUGCGCAACGGCGCGGAGAUUAUCGUCGCGACGCCGGGUCGUCUCGUCGAUUGCAUUGAGAGAAGACUUCUUGUUCUCGUCCAGUGCUGCUACAUCAUCAUGGACGAGGCUGAUCGAAUGAUUGACCUUGGUUUCGAGGACUCGGUCAACAAAAUCCUCGAUGCCUUACCCGUAUCCAACGAGAAGCCGGAUACAGACGACGCCGAAAACGCCCAGCUCAUGAAGCGCUACGUGGGAGGCAAAGACCGCUAUCGCCAGACAAUGAUGUACACGGCCACCAUGCCUCCGCUGGUCGAGAAGAUUGCCAAAAAGUACCUCCGUCGCCCCGCCAUCGUCACCAUCGGUAACGCCGGCGAGGCCGUCGACACUGUCGAGCAGCGCGUCGAGUUCGUCUCCGGCGAGGACCGGCGCAAGAAGCGGCUGCAGGAGAUCCUGUCCUCCAACGUCUUCGCGCCGCCCAUCAUCGUCUUCGUCAAUAUCAAGCGCAACUGCGACGCCGUCGCGCGCGACAUCAAGUCCAUGGGCUGGUCCGUCGUCACGCUGCACGGAUCCAAGACGCAGGAGCAGCGAGAGGCCGCGCUCGCGUCCGUCCGCUCGGGCCAGACGCAGGUCCUCGUUGCGACCGAUCUUGCUGGUCGUGGUAUCGACGUGCCGGACGUCUCGCUCGUCAUCAACUUCAACAUGGCUACCAACAUUGAGAGCUACACCCAUCGUAUCGGUCGUACUGGUCGUGCUGGAAAGAGUGGUGUGGCUAUUACCUUCCUGGGUAACGAGGACUCGGAUGUGCUGUAUGAUCUCAAACAGAUCUUGAGCAAGAGCUCCAUCUCCAAGGUACCGGACGAGCUCAAACGACACGAGGCGGCGCAGUCGAGGCCGGUUCGCGGCGGAGCUAGCAAGAAGGACGAGGCUGCUGCGUCCGAAGGGGCCAAAGGAGGUGGCGGCAAGGGAACUUGGUAA